UCGUGCUAUGGCUGCUGCAGGGAGAAGAGAGGUCUAUCCCACCUGGUGGGGCUUCAGUCCUGCCCUGGAUCUGCAGAUGCAUUGUCUCCAGAGUACCAUCCAACAGCUGUCUUCUUCUGACGAUGAUGUGCCGGAGCUCAACAUUCUGCUAGUGGGAGCGGGUGAUGCCCGGCAUCUCCUCAAGACGAUUUGUCAGGCGCGCCGGUGGCCAAAAAGAAAGCUUAACUUCUACAUAAUAGAGAGUGACCUGGAGCUCCUGGCACGGACCAUGCUUUUUUUAACCCUGGCCCUCGAGAAUCCGGAGCAAAUGGGCUUACAAGAAAAAAGCGAGAGUUUCUUGGAGCUCUUUGGAAACAGUCUGAUCCGCAGUCAGACAGCAAACUAUCUCCAGGAGAGGUGCGAUCUCUUCAUCCGCUGUGUCACGGACCCGGAUUACCAACAGAAUGUUUUCCCGUGGCUGAACCUCACCGCCAUCAAGUUUAAAGAAAGAGAUGAGCUUGAAGAUAUUUUUAAGUUCUGGCGGACUCCGGAAUCCAGGCUCUUUCCUAUUGAGAAAUAUUGGGAGGCGAAGAACAGGCAGUUUCUUGGUCGGCGCUACGACUCCCGGAGAGGAGCGUACGACUGGGACCUGUCCAUGAAGCUGCACGAUAGAGGGGCCAGCGUCAUCAACGGAGCGGAUUACAACCGCUGGCGAGAGAAAGGCGUAGCGUUUGUGAUCCGUGAAGGAAUUUAUGACGUUCCCAACAAAACCCUGGCCUCGUACAUGAGUGUAGCACACAGAAGUGGAAGGGUGCGAGCCCGGGGGUACUGGGGCGACAUAAUUACCAGCCCUUACAUAGCCUUUGGAAUUGAAACGGAAGAGAAGGGCUUGCUAAUCACGGCUAAUGGAGUCCAUGUAAAGUCAGCUCAAGAAAUCACCCAAUAUAACGUCCUCUCCUUAUUCCACGAGUUGGUCACCGGACAGAAAUAUACUCUUCCAGCAGCAGACAAAGCGGAUUCCGAACCCACAAGACGUCCCCCCGCUUUUCCUUCCAGCCCCCUCUCCGAUACCCCGGCCGAAGAAACCAGGAACGCAACCGAGCGCACGAACCGAAACGCCGAGCCGGAGAAGCCGAGCAAACCCUUAAGUUUCAUCCCGCUGAGCGACGUGGAGAUCCAUUUCUUGCCCCUUAACUCCGUCAGCGAUCUUCAUCGGAAGAGCAGAUUCCACAACCUGUUCAACCUCCUGUACUUCUCCUGCAGCAUGGUUCACAAUCUGAAGCCUGAAUACAAGCUGGUGUCCGCCAGAAAAGCCACUCUUGUUUUGGAACUCACAAAAUUCAUGGUGGAUCUCCAAACAGAAAAGUUAAAAAGCUACGUUUCCAUAGUGACAAAAGUGGCAAAGGAUUCGGGUUUCACCGCCACGGAAAGCGUUGAUUGGAAACGAGAUCACGUUGCCACGUUUGAACGGACGGAUGAUUUGGGGGGACAGCCGCCGGAGCCGUGAUCGAAGCCGCUUCUUCGUGUCUUCAUUCGGACGUUAAUGAAGGUGUUAAAUAGAUUUGCGCUUUAUACGCGCGUUACUUAUAAUUGUACGUUUUUCAGAUACCAUUUCCCACAUCUAACAGCCCCUUAAAGGGACCUUUUCACCACGAUUUGGCCUCCCCCCCCCCAUUAUUAUGCAGUCAGGCUCCAGACACACUCCAAAAAAUGAUAUUCUGUUGGCAAAUUUUUAUACAAUCGUCCGAUUUCAGCUAAUUUUGUAUGAAGACGGAACGGAAUCAGUGUCGCCGAUCACCAUGUGAUUUUUGUUCUCUUAGGGAUGCAAAGUCAUAGCAGAUGAGACGUUCAGUAACCAAUUAAUGACGUUUAACCCCGUAAAAUACAUUUGGAUAGUGAAGGGGCGUUGACAUGGUUCUAAUAUGUAAUUACAUGGAGAUAUUUAUUCUAUUUAUUGUUUUGUGUGAACCAGUUUCCUAAAGUUGAAUUUUUAAGAAUAAAAUCUCUUAGAAUAUCUGAUUUGGUAUUAUUUUAAGUAA